AUGCACCGUCCAGGCAGCCAGCCACGGCGGGUUGUGUACCGCGCACUCCGAGAUGAUGAAGACGCCAGCUGGGGCUUGCAAGCAAGGGAUCCCCAUGCGGAGUGUUCAGUGAGUUUCGCCGUCGAGGAGGGUUCCAAGGCUGCCCGAAAGAACCAGUUCAUCCACACGACGACCGAUCCCAAAGUGGCCCUCUACUACGCCGAAGCUUUUACCAUGGGCCCUCGGAAGCACCAGCUCGUCAAGAUUGACCUGACUGGUUUUCAGGAUGAUGGUGGGCAGGUGCUGGAUGUGUCAACCUCGACAGGGUGCAUGCGUUGGGAGAUCACAUCGGAUAAGGGGAAAUUUUUUGCCAUGAAGCACAAGGUGGUAUUGUUGAGUGGUGACGUCGAAGCAGACCGUGUGUUGGGCACUUUAGACACACAACACAUGCGCCCGACCAGAGAUAAAUGCUCUUUUGAUGACUUUGUUCACAACUUGCCGCAAAGAAUCCGAAGCCAGCUCGAGCGCUUUGCUGGUGCUGCCGAGGUUGAGGAUCGCUAUGCUGCAACAGCGGCAGCUGAGACACCAUGGCUGGCACAGCCCUCGGCAGUGUCCACACCCUUCGAAGAGAGCAUGUGUGCGCUCAUGAUGGACUUGGCGGUACCGAGAGCAUCCAGGCGCGUCGAAGGCAGUCAAGUCGGCGAGAACGAACUUCCGACCACGUUGCUCGCAGCCGGGCGUGCACCGAUCGGCAGGGCUGCUGCUGAGCAAGAGCGCAACCCGUUCGGAGCUUUCGAAUUGUAA